AUGGCUUCUCCGCGGAAGCUAGAGCAGGACGUGCAGGCGAAAGUAGAUUCAUUCCGGGCCCGCAUUGCCCAGGAGGCCGAGGAUCUAGUGUCCACCUUCUUCCCUCAGAAGCUCUCGGAGCUAGAUAGUCGGGUCCAGGAGCUCCGCCUGCAAGACUUGUCCAGAAUCCGUUCAGUGCCAGCCCCAGAGAGCCUCAUCGCCCCAGACACUGUGGGUGAUGGGCCCAACCGGGAUCCGCCACCUCUGCAGACCCAGUCCUCCAUCAAGGUACUAGCACUGCCCGGCGGCGAGGGACAGCUUCUGCGAAGCAACCAGCAUCUGGUGGAGCUGAUUGAGCGUGUAAAGCCUGAGAUCGAGCUGCUGAGAGAGAAGUGCAACACCGUGCGGAUGUGGGUGCAGCUGCUCAUCCCGAAGGUGGAGGACGGCAACAACUUCGGAGUGUCCAUCCAGGAAGACACCGUGGACCAGCUGUGGACUGUGGAGAGCACAGCAGCCUCCUAUCUACGCCGCUUCUCCACCUACUACAACACCCGAGCCAAGCUGGUAUCCAAGAUAGUGAAAUACCCCCAGGUGGAAGAUUAUCGCCGCACUGUCGCGGAGGUCGACGAAAAUGAGUACCUGAGUGUGCGCCAGAUCCUGCUCCAUGUACGGAACCAGUAUGCCACUUUGCAUGAUGUAAUCCUCAAAAACAUUGAGAAGAUCAAGACCCCUCGGAGCACCAACACUGACAACCUUUACUGA